AUGUUGAAUAAUUUUAACCGGAAAUAUCUAUUAUAUGGUAUCUUAUUGCUGCUUGAAUUGGUAGCCGUCUCGGUGUGCAUUGAAGAUCCGUUGAUAAACGAUGAUCCAUUUUUUGAAUUAAUGCAUGAAGAGUUAUUCAAAAGCAAAAGAAAUAAUGAGUAUGGGUAUGAUAGUUUUGGUGAAAAAUUACCUCCGAUUUUACCUCCUGAGAAAGUCAAUGACGAUAAUAAGAGUCUGCUUGACAACUCUGAAGUUCCAUCGUAUGUGAUUGAUUUUUGUCCACUUGUACAUUUACAUACCGAAGAGGAAUAUUGGCCUUCUGAUAUUGCUGAUUAUGUCAAAAAUUUUAAUCUAACAGAUGCAACAGGUAAUAUUAUACUUGGUGGGACAUCCGAAAACCCUUUAUCAUUAAAAGAUCUGAAGGCUUACUACAAGCUUAAGCAUAAAAAUAAAAAGUCUAAAAAAGACAAAUUUAUUUCAAGUUCCAGCGUAGUAAUGACUAGUAUAGAUGACUUUGAUAAAGAUCCAGAUUGGUUAAUUGGGCACAGACCUAAAUUUGGUACAGGUUAUAUUAAAAAAGGUCCGGCAGUACUAGUUGUUGUAGAUAAAGGUAAUGGAUGGGUUGAUGCUUUUUGGUUUUACUUCUACCCUUUUAAUUGGGGACCCUAUGUUAUGGGAGGUGGACCUUGGGGUAAUCACGUUGGUGAUUGGGAGCAUUCGCUGGUUCGUUUUUACAAGGGUGAACCAAAGUAUCUUUGGAUGAGUGCACACAGUGGUGGUGUUGCGUACAGGUACAGUGCUAUAGAAAAGAUGAAGAAGCUACGUCGCGUAAAUGGUAAGCUAACACCAGAGGUUAUUGAACGUCCUUUGAUUUUUGCAGCCAGAGGCACACACGCAAACUAUGCCUCUGUUGGACAACAUGCACAUGAUGUACCUUUCUUUUUCAUGCCAUUGAGUGAUUUUACAGAUCGUGGAUUGAUGUGGGACCCUUCUCUUAACCUAUAUUCUUAUAUACAAAUCGGAACUACAAUUACUCCAGCUAAUGAUAAAAGCAAAAAAGUAGGUACUGAUUGGCUAUACUUUGCAGGCAAAUGGGGUGAUAAAGAAUUGCCAAGGAGUGAUCCAAGACAAAAAUGGUCUGUUUUCCAAAUGAAAUAUAUCAAUGGUCCAACAGGACCAUUGUUUAAGCAUUUAGAUAGGAUAUCUCUAUGCCCUUCAUUCAAAUGGUGGAACUUCCUGAACAGUUGUCCUCAAAGAAGAUUCAUCAAGAAAAGUAACGGGUUAAAUGCAGAGAAGAAUGAUUUAAUUGGUGACAAUUGUGGGGUACUAUUGUACAAGAUAAGACCAAAAUGGUUGAGAGGAAUAUUUAGAUUAAUAAUGUGGAGAGGAGUGAUCUGUUUCAUAAUGGAGUUUUUUACUGGAUAA